AUGUUUCUCUUUUGUUUCUUUCUUCUUUUUUUCUUCUUCUUCUUCUUUUUUCUCCUUCUUCUACUCAAACUUCUUCUCCUCGUUCAUCUUUGUUUUUGUUAUUGUUUUCCCUCUCCUCCACUUCUCCUCUCCUUCUUUUUCUUCCUCUUCUUUUUUCUUUUUCUUCUUCGCCUCAUCAUUCUUCUCCUCCUCAUUCUUCUUUGUUGUUGUUUUUCCUUCUUCUUUUCCUUUUUCUUUUCCUUCUUCUUCUUCUUCUUCUUCUUCUUCUUCUUCUCUUUCAUCUUUGUUGCUGUUUUCUUCUCUUUUCGUUCUUUUUUGUUUUUCUUUAUCUUCUGCUCUUUCUUCUUCUUCUUCUUCUUCUUCUUCUUCUUCUUUCUUUCUUUCUUUCUUUCUUUCUUUCUUUCUUUUGGUGCUUUCCGGCUCUUCUUCGUUAGUCUUUACAGCUUCUAUCUCUCUUUCACUUUCUGUCUCACAUUUUCACAGUCUCUCUUUCUCUUUCUCUUUCUCUUUGGUGCUUUUUUUUCUUUCUUUGUUUCUUUCUUUCUUAGUUUGCAUCUAUCAAUCUAUCUCGAUCUGUUGAUAUCUUUGGCAUCUAUCUAUCUAUCUAUCUAUCUAUCUAUCUAUCUAUCUAUCUUGAUAUCAUUCAUUCCUUUUUUCUUCUUUCUUGUAUUCUCUAUUUUCUCUCUUCUUUUGGUAUCACUUUUUCUUUCUCUCUCCAACUCUCCUUCGUUCCUCUUCUUGCUCUCACUCUCUCUCUCUUUCCCCCCUUUCUGUCUUUCAUUAUCUCUCUCCUUUUGGCACUUCAUUCUUUCUUUCUUUCUUUCUUUCUUUCUUUCUUUCUUUCUUUCUAUUCUGUAUUUUUAUGACAAUUUUUUCUUUCUCUCUCCAACUCUCCCUCGUGUGUCGCUUUACAUCUCUUUCUCUUUCCCUCUUUCUCCUUCCCGUUCUCUUCCAUAUUGGUUAUUUAGCUUCUUUUUUUCUUUCUUUCUUUAUUGUUCUGCUACUUUUUUCUUUCUCUCCCCAACUCUCCUUUCUCUGCCUCUUUACGUCUCUCUCUCUCUCUCUCUGUCCUCCCUUUGGUGUUUCUUUCUUUCCGUCUUACACUUCUCGGUUCCUAUGAUUUUCAUCAUUCGUUUUCUUUUUGUUCCUUCUUUAUUUCCUUCGACAGAAAUACUCCUUCCCUUCUCUCGAGCUUUUUUCUCUUCCCUUCCUAAUGUUCUAAAAACCGCCUCAAAAUCUGGGUCAUUCGCCUGGAAAUCCCACAAGAAUUAA